AUGUUUAACAAAGGGACAACAGUGACACAGAUAUUAUUAACAUCUACCUGCUUGCACCUUGUCAGUGCAUUUCCCCCCCCUCUCUCUCUCUCUCUCUCUCUUUCUUUAAAUCUUUCUCUCACUCUCUAUCUCUUUAAAGUCUUUCUCUCACUCUCUAUCUCUUUAAAGUCUUUCUCUCACUCUCUCUCUUUAAAUCUUUCUCACUCUCUCUCUUUAAAGUCUUUCUCUCACUCUCUCUCUUUAAAGUCUUUCUCUCACUCUCUCUCUUUAAAGUCUUUCUCUCACUCUCUCUCUUUAAAGUCUUUCUCAAUUUUCUCUCUCUUUAAUUCUUUCUCUCUGCCCUUUCUAAAGCCUCUCUGCAGUCUCUCUUAUAAAUUCUUUCCAGUCUCUCUCUCCCCCCUCUCUUUUCAGUCUCUCUCUCCCUCCUCUCUUUUUUUAAUCUCUUUUUUCUCCCCCCUCUCUUUCAGUUCUCUCUCUUUCUCCCCCCUCUUUAGAGUCUCUCUCUUUCUCCCCUCUCUUUUCAGUCUUCUCUUUCUCCCCCUCUUUUCACUAAAAUUUUCCCCUCUCUUUUCAGUCUCUCUCUUUCUCCCCCUCUCUUUUCAGUCUCUCUCUCUCAAGUCUUCCUGUCUUUCUCCAAGAACAAACCAGACAGAAAUCUGGCUAAAAAAUACUCAUUUCUCUUGUUCAUAG